AUAGCACAAAGACGUUUCCAAAUAAAUUUGACAUAAAUAUAGCCAUACAAAUUGAUAACAGGAACAAUUUAGCGUACUUGAAGAAAAAUGUAUAUUUACAUAAAGUGUUUCAUUUUUAUGAUUGGAAUUAAGUUUUCAAAGUGCAAAAUGGAAAACCCUAAGACAAUGUCUGUUGUUAUCAACAAGGAGUCGUCACUCUUAGAAGACUACAUUCAAAUCAAAGAGCCGCUUGCAACCAUUUCCGGUGCGUUUACAAAAGUGACAGUAGAGUAUCGAUGUACGGAAGACAAAUUCGUUGGUGUGGAAGUCGUUGCUGAUACAAAUCUCGAUGUUUCACAGAAAUUAUUUCAGAAAGUCUGGAGGUGUCAUAAAAGUAAUGAGUUAUCUGUUAUAAAAUUGAAAAAAGUCAAAUUAAAACUUCCGCCGGAAGUCGCCUACAACUACAAUGCAUUUAACAAACACGUGACAGUUACAUCCAGGUCAAAGGUUAGAAUAUGGAUGCUUGACAACGACCUGUGGUCAUCUUGUUUUAGACAGCGUAAUUGUUAUACAAAAUCAUCUGUGAAAGUCUCGUACGAUGUCCAGAUCUCGCCGCCGUUCUCGAGGCCAUAUUACAAACCUUAUAAACAAUGCAAGACUUGGGGCUGGGAUAUUGUUGCUAUGAUAACGUUUGAUAUUAUACCAACGUGUCCUUGCGAAGAAGAGACAAUUGAAGCUAUAAAGUACCCAGUUGUGUUAGGUGGAGAUGCAUACGGUGUGUAUAGACAAUUCCGUCCAUAUAACAAUCCUGACCUAGAAAGGACCAGACAAGAUCAGAUUGCGAGGCCAAUGUUUACCCUGUCUAUCUGGCUAUAUAUACUAGAGUACUGUCGUGGGCCAUCAAUGCUAUGUAGCAUAAUGCAUCAUUUCACGUGGAAUGGACAAUUCAAAAGUAUUAUGCUUCUACUUACACCAGAAGGUCGCAUCCAUAUACAAAUAGAAAACAUACAAAGACAACAUACAGCCGGGUUGUCAUAUUUCAGCAUUCCUAAAAAUCAGUGGGUCAGACUUAUCCUCCAGUUCCAAAUUCAGACGUGGCGCUUGGUCGUCAACUAUGGUGAAAACUUCAAAGAAAUUUUAGAAACUGAAUACAGACAUCCAGGUGAACCCAUUUUAUACGAUGAUGCCAAAGAUUUGUUUACAUUUGGCGGAUCAGAAUACAUGCAAAGUUUCAAAGGAUACAUUGGACAGGCAACAAUAUACAGAAACAAAAUAAUAGAACCAAGAAAUAUUCCUAUGCCGAGCAAGUUUCACCCAAUGUUUGAACUUAAGCUCACCCGACGCGAAGAGAAGUGCAGCAAAUAUCUAGAAUGGGUUUCAAGUAGGAUAACUGCACAUAAAGAUCGGUACAUUUACAGUGCCCAGAAAAAGACUUGCCGCCAUCCCUUCGUCAAGAUGGUCCAAUCCGCUAUUGAUUAUGACAAUUUAACAACUCUUCCAACAUGUAAACUCGCAAGGAAGAAAAACAACCGUUACAGAAAACAAGUUGAUAGAAUUGUAAAGAAAAUGGUUUCGGAUGGAGAAGAAGUUGACUUUAAUCAAAUAGCUGACUUGCUUUACCAGAAUGCAACGGCAGCUUUGGAUGAGAGACUAGACAAUAUCCGGGAUGCGUUUCCAGUACUAAAACAAGCAGCCUGUUAUGGGAACAUGGAUGCCAUGUAUACGAUAUCUGUCAUACUUAACAACGGCAUAUACAUCAAAGCAGAUGAAAUUCAGAGUCAAGCGUACCUGAUGUUGGCUGCUCUUGAUAAUCACAGACUGGCAGCUUUAGCACUUGGUCAUAAACAUAGGUAUGGCACUGACGGUGUCACAGAAGACUGGGAACAGAGCUACCGCUACUACAAAUUUGUUGCAGAUACGACAAAUGCGGACAAGGAGAGGCAUAAAGAUACUGAUGUGUAUACAGAGUCAAUAAGACUAACGGACGAGGUAGCUAUUCAUGAACAAACUGAUGAAGACGGUGAUAUAUUUCACUGGCUCACCUUUCAAGCUAAACAAGGCGUCCUCUCAGCCCAGAAUCGUAUAGGAAGAGCAUUAUUUUGGGGUCAGCAGGGGUUGAAGAGAAAUCUUGCAACAGCAGUGGAAUAUUUCAAGAUGAGCGCUGAGACAGGCGAUGCUCAAUCUCAGUACGACUAUGGCAUUGUUCUACUGAGGGGACAGGGGGUGAAAAAGACCAUACAAGCUGGACUGAUGAGUUACACAAGGCAGCAGAGUGAGAAUCCAGCAGCUAUAAAUGCGAUAGUGUUGGCACGCAUGCAUUUGGCAGAACUGAUAAAGCUGCUGAGCAGUAUGAGUAGGCAUAUAGAAUGUAAUCCACCUCUAGACAAGGCAUUGAAUUAUUUCAUGUAUGCUGCCGCAAGAGGCCAGAUGGAUGCUGGUGUCGCUGUUGCUUUUCAGACAAUCAAAGGCACGAGCAGACAACCUCGCAAUGUCUACACUGCUGUUGAAUGGGCAAGGUUUAUUGCCGAAAAGAAUCCAUCCAUAGGACUUGCGCUGCGUAAAGCACUACAUGCAUAUAGGAAAGGGAAGAGCGAUGUUAGCUUGUUUUACUAUGCUCUGGCGGCGGAUGCAGGUCUAGAAGUCGGUUCGUUCAACAAUGCAUGGUUGUGUGAAGAAAAUAAGGAUGGAAUAACGAGUUUUAUUGAGAAGGAAUGCGUAUGGAGCCGGUACAACUUGUCUACCCAACGAGAACCGCAGUUCGUAGAUCCCUACGCCCUUUUAAAAAUGGGCGACUAUUAUUGGUACGGCUGUGAAGGUGUUAGAGACAGUAAACUUGCAGCCAGUUAUUAUGCCGAAGCAGCUAAAAAGCAUGAUCCUCAGGCAUUAUUCAACCUGGGAUUUAUGAUUGAGGAGGGAGUGGAAGUACCAAGAAAACAUCUACGUGACUUGCGAGUUCCUGAAAGAUUUAUAUCAAAUAAUAUUACUUUGCUGGAAUACUUAUACACACGAUGCAAAGACUCUCACAAAUCAGAAGCUUAUGUACCAUGCUCAAUAGCACUUUGGAGAGUGCAGGCCUUGGCUUUCUGGACAAAAUAUCAAAUUGCAAUUAAGAUAACAAGUUUCACAGGGAUAGCUUCUACGACAGCUUUGUCAGUAUAUGUCUUAGUUCGAACACAUCUACGAAGUCAUAUUGACAGGACGGACAGUAUUUAGCCUGUGUUACUGUGCCAUAGGUUGUUGCAUAUCUUUGCAGAAAAAACUUUAUCCAUAAAGCACUUCCAUAUAUCACUCAACUGAAAAUACUACAUUGCAAAGUCAAUACCAAAAGGGUGUACUUAACAACAGUCGUUUCGUAAUAAGCUGUGAUGCUGUAACAAAGGGGUGUUUUUUGAGUGACUCUUUACGAAGACUGUAUAUAAUAGCAGUUUUGAAAACUCCUUCAUGUCAAAAACAGUUUUGUCCGAUUUUUAUAACAGUUUUGCACAAAUGAUCCUUUGUGACCCUUUACAAAGAUAGUUCAAACUCGAUAUUAGAUUUGUCACAAGACAUGUCUGCCAGAUUUCUAAUUAAUUUUGAAAAACUGAAAGCAUUAUAUAUAUCAGGUGUGAGUUUUAUUUCAAUCAUAUGUGGGUUUUCCUUCCGCUAAUAUGACCAAAAUAAAUAAUCAAACGCUGGAGUGUAGAUUUCAGCAGAAGCGAAGGUCAUUUACUAUAAUCGCCUUUAGAUAAAUAUUAUUUUUCUUUUCUCGAUUUCUUCCAGAAAAAAGAAAACAAAAGUUUAGUGAGAAUAACGUUCCCUUAUAGCAUCCUUUUAGGGAUACAA